AUGACUCUGCUGGACGGCACUGGAGCCAGGGUCUCUGGCUGCUGGUCGCUGAGGUCAGACUGCAGGCUGUGGGACAUCAGGCUGUGGGACUUAAAGUGGUGGGACAUCAGGCUGUGGGACAUCAGACUGUGGGACUUAAAGUGGUGGGACAUCAGGCUGUGGGACAUCAGACUGUGGGACAUCAGGCUGUGGGACUUUAAGUGGUGGGACUUUAGGCUGUGGAACAUCAGGCUGUGGGACAUCAGACUGUGGGACUUCAGGCUCUGGGACUUCAGGCUGUGGGACUUUAAAUGGUGGGACUUUAGGCUGUGGGACUUCAGGCUGUGGGACAUCAGGCUGUGGGACAUCAGACUGUGGGACAUCAGACUGUGGGACUUCAGGUUGUUGGACUUUAAGUGGUGGGACAUCAGGCUGUGGGACAUCAGGCUGUGGGACAUCAGACUGUGGGACUUUAAGUGGUGGGACAUCAGGCUGUGGGACUUCAGGCUGUGGGACAUCAGACUGUGGGACUCUCAGGCUGUGGGACAUCAGACUGCUCUGGGACAUCAGAUUGUAGGACAUCAGGCUGUGGGACUCUCAGGCUGUGGGACAUCAGACUGUAACCUGUCCUUCUGUCUGCUGUGUUUUCUUUGCAGUGGCAGUGGGGAGGACUCGUUGGACCGGCUGCUGCCCCCCCCAGGGGCCCCUCGCAGGAAGAGCACCACGUCCCUCAGCACGACGGAGCCUCCUCUGCUUCGCACAGGCACGCGCACCGUCUACACCGCCGGCCGACCUCCCUGGUAUGACGAGCACGGAGCUCAGUCCAAAGACGCCUUCGUCAUCGGCUUGUGUGGGGGCAGCGCCUCAGGAAAGACCACCGUGGCCAAUAAGAUCAUCGAGGCUCUGGAUGUGCCGUGGGUCGUGCUGCUGUCCAUGGACUCUUUCUACAAGGUUCUCUCUCCGGAGGAACAGACCCUGGCGGCGAGCAACGACUACAACUUCGAUCACCCCGGGGCGUUUGACUUCGAGCUGCUGGAGGCCACGCUCAGGAAACUGAAGCAGGGCCGGAGUGUGAAGAUCCCGGUGUACGACUUCAACACGCACGGCCGGCAGAAGGACUGGAAAAAUGUUUACGGGGCCAGCGUAAUUAUAUUUGAAGGAAUUAUGUCUUUUGCGGACAAAGAGCUCCUCGAGCUCCUGGAUAUGAAAAUCUUUGUGGACACAGACUCGGACAUUCGACUGGUCCGCCGGCUCCGCAGGGACAUCACAGAGCGCGGGCGGGACAUCGAAGGCGUCAUCAAGCAGUACAACAAGUUUGUGAAGCCGGCCUUUGAGCAGUACAUCGAGCCGACCAUGAGGCUGGCGGAUAUCGUGGUGCCAAGAGGUGGAGGGAAUAUGGUGGCCAUCGAUCUUAUAGUCCAGCACGUUCACAGCCAGCUGGAGGAGCGUGAGCUCAGUGUCAGGGCUCUGCUGGCCUCCGCUCAGCAGACGCAGCCUCUGCCCCAGACGCUCUGCGUGAUGGAGAGCACGCCGCAGGUCCGAGGCCUGCACACCAUCAUCAGGAACCAGGAAACCAGUCGAGACGAGUUCAUCUUCUACUCAAAGAGAUUAAUGCGGCUGCUGAUAGAACAUUCUCUCACUUUUCUACCAUCUCAGGCGUGUGUAGUUCAGACUCCACAGGGCCAGGAGUACCAGGGCUGGAGCUACAACGGCAGAGGGAUCACCGGUGUGUCCAUCCUGCGGGCAGGAGAGACCAUGGAGCCCGCCCUCAGGGCCGUGUGCAAGGACGUCCGCAUCGGCAAGAUCCUGAUCCAGACCAACCUGGACUCAGGGGAACCGGAGCUGCAUUACCUGCGUCUGCCCAAAGACAUCAGUGAGGACCAUGUCAUCCUAAUGGACAGCACGGUGUCCACCGGCGCUGCUGCCAUGAUGGCGGUGCGAGUCCUGCUGGAUCACGAGGUGCAAGAGGAGAAGAUCAUGUUGGUGUCGCUGUUGAUGGCAGAGCUCGGGGUUCACUCUGUGGCCUACGCCUUCCCCAAGGUGAAGAUCAUCACCACGGCUGUGGACAAGAGCCUGGACGAUAACUUACAUGUAAUUCCUGGUAUCGGGGACUUCGGGGACCGGUACUUCGGGACGGACGGGUUGGACACCUGGAGCGAUGAGGAGGACGGAGACCAGCCGUCGCACUGACUCCAGCGUCCGUGAGCCUCCGUGAAAAAGAAAAUUCAAACUCUACUUGAAAACGUCUCUCGUUGCUCAGCGGUCACGUUCACUUCUCUGUGUACUGUACGGGAACUUUUAUACUGUGUUCGCAUGAGGGAUGUUUCGCUCUCACAGGAUCACACAAGUCAAACAGUGCCGUUACCCUUUGAGGUACAAUAAUGCAACAACAACAAUAUGAUUAUAUGCUAAAUUAAUUCAUUCUGGACUAAGUUGCACCAUAGACUGUAAAUAAAGAAGUUGUGAAUAUUGCAGCCAACCACCAGAUGGCGAUGAGGAUGCUUUGGCUUCACUUUUGGGAGCUGUCAUAUCUUGCAUCUUUACUCACAGUGAAUAUGGUUUGCAGCAGGUUUUCUUUCAUGAAUCCAGGAAGUAUUAGUUAGUGGUUUAUUCAAUGAGGGUGCACCAUUAAAACUUAAGGAAUAUUGUGACUA